AUGGCGCGAGAAGAGCCACUCUUGGCUCCGCGCCCGUCCUCCGACGGCUCAUCGAUCCGAAACGAAGAGGAGGAAUUCGCCCUGCUGACCGGCGAGCGCACGGCUCACAGAGCCGAGAAACAACGAGGCUGGAAAUUCUGGCGGGAGAUUGGCACAAGCCAGCGGAGAUCCACGGCCCCAGCCAUGACUCCAAAAACAUCACCUGGGGCCCCGGGGGGCAAGCCAACGGGCAAGCGGAAUGUGAUCUUCAUGGUUUCCGACGGCAUGGGGCCCACGAGUCUCUCGCUUACUCGGAGCUUCCGGCAAUACACAGAGGAUCUGCCGAUCGAUGACAUUUUGGUUCUGGAUCAGCAUUAUAUCGGAACGUCCCGCACACGUUCAAGCUCUAGUUUGGUCACGGACUCAGCUGCUGGGGCCACGGCGUUCUCGUGUGGUCGUAAGAGUUACAACUCUGCUAUUUCGGUGACUCCUGACCAUGCGCCUUGCGGGACUGUGCUUGAGGCUGCCGCUUUGGCGGGCUACAAGACCGGAUUGGUUGUGACUACUCGUCUGACGGAUGCCACUCCAGCUUGCUUCGCUGCUCAUGCUAACUUGCGAAGCUAUGAAGAUCUCAUCGCUGCCCAGGAGGUUGGAGAACACCCUCUUGGUCGUGUAGUGGAUCUUAUGCUUGGAGGUGGACGUUGCCACUUCUUGCCGAAGUCACAGAAAGGAAGCUGUCGUGGUGAUGAUCACGACCUCGUUGAAGUUGCUGGCAAGAAUGGCUUCGGUUACAUUGAUGAUCGUGCCGGGUUCGAUAGUCUCAAGGGAGGUGACAAUGUCAGCCUGCCUUUGCUUGGUCUUUUCGCUGGUGGAGACAUCCCAUACGAGAUCGAUCGCCGCACUCAGAACGAUGUCUACCCUUCUUUGGAAGAGAUGACUCGCACUGCUUUGAAGGCCUUGAGCAAAGCCACUGAAGACAGCGAGCAAGGUUUCUUCAUCAUGAUUGAAGGUUCUCGCAUCGACCAUGCCGGUCAUGGGAAUGACCCUGCUGCGCAGGUGCACGAGGUCCUGGCAUACGACAAGGCCUUUGCUGCCGCAUUGGAGUUUGUAGAGAACGACUCCACCCCCGGUGUGAUUGUCAGCACGUCUGACCACGAGACUGGUGGUUUGGCUGCCGCCCGCCAGCUGCACAAGAGCUACCCCGAGUAUCUGUGGCUUCCAAGUGUGCUGGACAAGGCAAGCCACUCUGGCGAAUACCUCGCCGCUCGUUUGAGCGAAUAUCUUUCCGGGGCUGGUAAAGACCACAAGGACUCAGCGAAGAAAGAAUGGGUCCGGAAGAACCUCAUCAAGGAAGGACUUGGUAUCACUGACGCUUCAGAUGCUGAAGUUGACGCCUUGGUUCACCCAGAGCCAGAAGUUGGUCCUUCCUAUGUGUUCGCUGAUAUGAUCAGCCGUCGUGCGCAAGUUGGCUGGAGCACCCAUGGACAUUCCGGUGUUGAUGUCAAUAUCUAUGCCUCUUCUUCCAAGGACGCUUGGCCGUUGGUAGGUAACAAUGAGAACACCGAUGUUGGUGCUUUCCUGGCAGACUAUCUUGACCUCGAUGUCAACAAUGUCACAAAACUGCUCCAGGAUACCAAGACUGGAAUUUUCCAAUCAUAUGACUGGAUGGGUGAUCGUCUUGGGUUGAACUUCCACGCCGAAGGGCUAGACACCUACCACGGGGACUUCAGAAAGCGAUCUGAGGACGACUGUGGAUGUGGCGCGACCCACUGA